UUGUGCCCACUUUAACUGAGUCGAAAUUUUUGAUUUUGAGCCACCCUUGCGCGCGCUCCUUAAAAAUCAAUACCCAAGUGAAACAACUUGGCACGCUACGCAAAUAUCUGCAUUAAAUCAAUCAUAAAUAAUUUACACCGGAGUGGUAAACAGUCGUCAGAACGCUUUGCAAAGUGUUUCCAAGUCCGGGCACUGCCCGAAGCGUGUGGGCUUUGCCCCAAACCUCCUGCAACAUGGUCGCAGACACCGACCAUCCUGCCACCACCGUCAACGACACCACCGAAGCCGACAUCACCGAACCCUCGCACAAAUCCAUCUUCGACGUUGUCAAAUCGGGCGAACUCUCCGAAAUCGAAGAACUCGUCGAUAACCUCGGCACACAAAUCCUGCGAGAGCGCGAUGAAUGGGGCUAUACUCCGGCCCAUUGGGCCGCUCUGGACGGCAGUGUGGAGAUCAUGCGGUAUUUGGUGGACAGGGGGGCCCCCAUUGACCUGCCAUGUCUCGGGACGCAGGGCCCCAGGCCCAUACAUUGGGCCUGUCGCAAGGGGCAUGCAGCCGUGGUCCAGGUUUUGCUGCAAGCAGGGGUUGGGGUGAAUGCGGCUGAUUUCAAAGGGUUGACUCCGUUGAUGACGGCUUGCAUGUUUGGGAGGACGGCAACAGCGGCGUUUUUACUGGGAAUGGGGGCUUUGAAUCAUUUGGUUGAUAUCAACGGGGACACAGCAAUGCAUUGGGCGGCUUAUAAAGGACAUGCGGAUUUGAUCAGGCUGUUGGUUUACUCGGGGGCUAAUUUGCAAAAACCGGAUCAUUUUGGGUCCACUCCUCUGCACUUGGCGUGUCUUUCGGGGAGUGUCACCUGUGUCAAACUUCUCUGCGAGAAGAGUAAUAUUGACUUGGAACCUUUGGAUAAGAACGACAAAACGCCCUUAAUGUUAGCCCAAAGCCACCGCCACAGCGACAUUGUCCAAGUCCUCGAAUCGGAGAAGAAACGCCGUUCAAGCUGGUUUCCUCCAGUUAACGAAGUUUGGGGUCUUUUGUUCGGAAAAGCAGGGAAUUCGAAAGCGCCACUAGUGUUCUUCAUGUGUUCAGUCUUACUCUGGGGGUACCCGAUGUACGUAAUUCGGUGUAUCCCCAUCACUUGGAACAUUCUACGAGGCUCUCACUAUUGUUUCAUCUAUUGGAACAUUGUCAUGUGGAUAUGUUGGAUAACCGCAAACCGGAAAAACCCAGGCUAUAUCCCGGUUAACACCGAUUCCUACCAUCGAGCAAUCAAACAAAUCCCUUACUACGACAAAUGGAAGAAGAGAUAUGCGGUUUUGAACCGACUCUGUCACACUUGUCGGUGUUUGAGGCCUUUAAGAGCCAAACACUGUCGAAUUUGCAACCGGUGUAUUUCUUACUUUGAUCAUCAUUGUCCCUUCAUUUACAACUGUGUGGGUUUAAGGAAUCGAACUUGGUUCUUCCUUUUCGUUAUGAGUGUUGCUAUUAAUUGCUCCUUUACGAUUUAUUUCGCUACUUAUUGCAUAGCCAUUGAAGGGUUCGGCAUUUUGUACAUUUUGGGACUUUUUGAAGCGUUCGUUUUCUCAGGAUUAGGUUGGAUUCUGACGUGUACUUCGAUUUUACACGCUUGCAUGAACUUGACCACAAACGAAAUGUUCAAUUACAAACGUUAUCCUUAUUUGAGGGACAAGAGGGGGCGUUAUUUUAAUCCAUUCUCAAGAGGACCUAUCUUAAAUCUAAUCGAGUUCUUUUUUUGUACACCGGAAGAAUAUGACGACGAUUACGGCUACGAUUAUAUAUGAUAUACAAGAAAUAAUAGUUGUAAGAAAAAUGUCACCACAAAAUAGCUAUUUUCCACUGUAUUAUAGACAUUAUUUGCUGACUACACUUAUUCAAGUGGCUUGGUUUUUGCAAUGCAAAAUCUUGUAUUUAUUAUAUGAAAUAAAUUUUAUCAGAAAA